AUGAUUGGCAGCAAUAUUCCCAUCGAGCUUUCUAUCUAUUUUUACUCUUUCAUCAAUAUUUGUAGGGUUUACAAUAAUAAUGCUUCUCAUUGGUUACUCGCUUAUUUCAAAAAAUUGCUAAUGUCUCACGUGAUGAAAGUUCUGAAAAAAUCGAUGUACUCUUAUGUAAAAAUUGAUACUCUUCAUCUAGAUAGUCCAUAUUCGUCAAUGCUUCUCCCUAGGAUAAGCAGAAUCUCUUCUGAUGCCAUUCACAGAAUGUCACGUUCUAGGAUAAGAGCAUUCAGCCCUUAUUCCAAGGCUUUACGUUCAUUUUCCACUGGAAUUUCAUAUUUCAAAGAGGUGCCAUUUUCAAGAAUGACAGAAGAAGAGCAGCAGCUUUUGACAGAACAAAGAGUUGUUGAUCAUGCAGACGUAUGUGUUGUUGGAGGAGGUGUUGCUGGAUUGGCUACAGCCAUUCGCUUAAAACAAUUGGAUAAUAAAGAAGGGUACGGUACUCUUAGAGUUGUUGUGUUGGAGAAAGCACCAGACAUGGGAUCCCACAUAGUCAGUGGAGCUGUUUUGGAACCCCGCGGAUUGAGAGAGCUCUUUUACACCGACGAUGGGAUACCUCUUCCAGAUGAUAUGGUGACACUAGUGGAAGAGGAACACAUGAGAUUCCUUGUUCCUAAUGAUUCAUUUCCUGUUCCAGAACCUCCACAGAUGACUAAUGUGGGCAAGAACUAUAUUGUAUCACUAAGUGAAGUCACCAAAUAUUUAAGUGAGAGGGCGGAGAAGCUUGGAGUGGAAUUAUAUAGUGGAAUAUCAGUGGAUGAACUUGUCAUAGAUGAUGCUUCAAACAGCGUAAUAGGAGUAGCUACCAAGGAUAUGGGAAUUGGCAAGGACGGAGUGCCGAACGAUGAUUUUGAAAGAGGUAUGCAAUUUAAUAGUAAGUUGACCGUUCUGGCCGAAGGAUGCCAUGGAUCGUUAAGCAAGAAAGCUAUCAAGAAGUAUAAUUUAAGGGAUGGAAGAAACCCGCAAACUUAUGGCCUCGGUCUAAAAGAAGUUUGGGAAGUAAAACCAGAGAAUUUCAAGAAAGGCUACGUUGGGCACACCAUGGGGUAUCCCUUAAGUGAAGAUGUUUAUGGCGGUGGUUUUCAAUAUCAUUUUGGAGAUGGUUUGGUAACCGUUGGAUUAGUCGUAGGGCUAGAUUACAAGAACCCUUGGAUUUCGCCAUACCAAGAAUUUCAGAAAUUAAAACAUCACCCCUUUUAUUCAAGUGUACUAAAAGGUGUGGGAGCUUCUGCUGGAUUCAUGAACGUUCCUAAGAUAAAAGGAUCACAUACUGCAAUAAAAUCGGGAAUUCUGGCGGCCGAAUCUGCUUUCAAGGCUUUGCAGAAACAGAAUUUAUUGAAGACGGUCGAGGAAGUUGAAAAGGAAACUAUUUUAAAGGAGGAAGCUGAGGAAAGAGGAGAUGAGUAUACCCCACUUGACGGUGCUACAGCAUUAGAGUUGAGGUCAUACGAAGAAGCAUUUAAGGAUUCGUGGCUGUUCCAAGAGUUGUAUGAAGUACGGAAUGUUAGGCCAUCUUUCUCAGGUCCGUUUAAGCUGCUCGGAGGUUUAGCUUUUUCAGGAUUGGUAACUUUGUUCACAAAGGGAAGAGAGCCAUUCACUCUGAAUCACCACAAUACGGAUGCCUACAUAACAGAAAAUGCUGCAUUACACCCCAAGAUCGUAUAUCCCAAACCUGACGGCGAGAUUUCAUUUGACAUACUCACGUCAGUAUCCCGCACAGGCACUUAUCAUAAGGAGGAUGAACGGUGUCAUCUUCGAAUCCCGUCACAGGACUAUGGGUUGCAUACGGAAAGGCUAUACAAGGCGUAUCGUGGAAUAGAAAAUAGAUUCUGUCCGGCAGGAGUUUACGAGUAUAUUCCUGAUGAGUCGAAAAAAGAUGGGGUUAAGUUUCAAAUCAAUGCUCAGAAUUGCAUUCACUGUAAGACUUGUGAUAUCAAGAUACCAACACAGACGAUAAACUGGGAAGUCCCUGAAGGGGGGGAUGGGCCCAAAUACCAAAUGACUUGA